AUGGCUCUGGUGUCCCCUUUGAGGAAGCCUGCAAACUACGGAUCCAUCUCCGCGAAAGACUACCGCCCUAGCCUCAAAGCUGACAUCGAGGCCCCGACGAAGGGCUCUGACGACUCCUGCGAACGCGGAUUGUCGGCAUGGCUAACAGUAUUUGGAGCUUUUCUGGCCCUCUUCUGCUCCUUCGGUCAGAUGAACGCCUUUGGCACCUUCCAGUCGUGGUACACGACACACCAGCUCAGUGAUCGCCAUCCAUCCACUGUUGCAUGGAUAGGAUCAGUGCAGCUUUGGGUGUUUUUUGUCUCCGGUGGUUUCAUAGGCCGCGUGUUUGAUGUAUACGGCCCACGCAUCAUCAUGGCACUUGGCACCGUCAUCUACGUCGCCAGCAUACUCCUCACCAGCGUGGCUCAAAGCUACCAAGAGUAUCUCUUGGCGCAAGGCGUUCUAUCGGGCCUCGGUGUCGGCAUGCUUUUCUACCCACCACUAGCGGCCAUCUCGACCCAUUUCUGCAAAUACCGCGCAACAGCGCUCGGAAUCGCUAUGGCGGGCUCCGGUAUAGGUGGAACGGUCUAUCCGAUCCUUCUGCAGUACCUCUUCAUCAACGUCGGCUUCACAUGGGGAACCCGGAUAUCCGCCGCCGUAUGUUUCGUUCUCUGCGUCGUCGCGACUGCAACCGUCACGAGCCGCAUCUCCCCCGCCGCCGAAUCCAAGCCCACCGAGCGCCGACCGUGGCUCGACCUCCAUGCGCUCCGCGAUCCCAGAUUCUCCUCCUCGGCAUCUCCGGGACACCGCCUUCUCCGUCUCGCCGUGCUCAACGCGGCGUCCGUGCUCGGCCGGAUCGCGCCCGCGCACGUCGCGGACGCCUUCGGGCGGUUCGCGCUCCUCGUCCCGUGCGCCGCGCUCGCCGGGCUCUCCACGCUCCUCCUCUGGCCCGCCGCGCACUCGCUCGCCGGGCUCGCGGCGUACGCGGCGCUCUACGGCCUCUUCAGCGGCGCGUUCAACGCGCUCAUCGUGCCGUGCAUCGCCCAGAUCUCCGACAUCCGCGAGAUCGGCGUCCGCAUCGGGCUCUUGUACAGCAUUAUCUCUUUCCCGUGCGUCGCUCAUUGGAAACCCGGCCGCGGGGCGCUCCUCCGACUGACGGGCGGCUCGUACACCGGGCUGAUCGUGCUGAGCGGGACGAGCGUCGUCAUCGGCUCGUUUUUCAUGCUGCUUGCGAAGCUCAGGAUCGAUCCGAACAUUUUUGCGCGCGUGUAG